CAUUGGCAGGGAGUCAGAGGGAUAAUGAAAUAAGUGAGAGAGGGAGAGAGAGGGAGCUAAAAUCCUCCGUCCCAUAUUAGUUAUCUAAAUGCACUGGACUUCAAGAUGAGUAUUUAACGAGGCGGAGGUAAGCAGCAAGGCAGAGUGCUAGACCCCAGCCCAAGCUGAACAAAGUUCCGGAACAGACCCCAGAGGCUUAGCUUAGCAUUUGUACGGAGUUUCUUGUGUAAACUGUAUCUGAAGAGAGAUAUUUGAACGCAGGAACCCCUUAUUUAAUUGGGAGAAGUUUACUGUGUCUUGUAGAUUAAAAUAUUUGAGUGGUACUUUUCCCUAUUUUAACUUUAGGCGGUUGUUCUAUACUUUAACCUCACUUUUCAUCCUCGGUUGCACCGGGAUAGCGGGAGUUGGUACAACAUAUUCCAGCGAGAGAAUGGGAUCUGACGUGAAGUGGCAAGCCAGCACUGGACUGUGGCGCCCGCUACUUUUUACCGUCGUCUUGCUCCAGUUCGGCGGCUUCUCCGACGCCAGGAAGAGCUGGAAGGCCGGUCGCCAGAACCCGCACUACCGCCGGGCGCAGGGCUUGGCCGCCCGCGACAGGAACCAGGCGCCCGGCUGGAACCAGCAGCAGCAGCAGCCCGGCACGGCGGCCACCGAGGAAAGUUUUACCCUGGAUUUCACCGCCGUCGAGGGCAACAUCGACAACUUCAUGGCUCAGAUCAAGAGCCUGGCUCAGUCUCUCUACCCGUGCUCCUCCCAGAAGCUGAACGACGACAUGAAACUUCACUUUCUGGCCAAUACCUCCGUUACCUGCAAUGACGGCACCCCGGCCGGAUACUACAUUAAAGAGUCUAAAGGCAGCAGGCGAUGGCUUAUCUUCUUAGAAGGGGGCUGGUACUGUUUCAGCAAGGAGAACUGUGACAACCGAUACGAUACCAUGCAUUGGCUGAUGAGUUCCACCAACUGGCCUCGCAGUAGAACAGGAACUGGAAUGUUAUCUGCACAGCCCGAGGAGAACCCUUACUGGUGGAAUGCUAACAUAGUCUUCAUUCCUUACUGUUCAAGUGACGUCUGGAGUGGAGCAUCCCAGAAGUCUGAGAAAGGUGAUUAUGCUUUCAUGGGAGCACUGAUAAUACAAGAGGUUGUCAAAGAGCUGUUGACGAAAGGCCUUGAAAAUGCCAAGAUCCUUCUGUUGGCAGGCACCAGUGCCGGAGGUACUGGCGUCCUGCUGAACGUGGACCGCGUGGCUCGACAGCUUGAGGAACUGGGACUGCACGGGGUGCAGGUCCGUGGAUUGGCUGAUUCAGGCUGGUUCCUGGACAACAAGCAAUACCAGAGGACGGACUGCAUCGACACAAUAUCGUGCGCUCCCACAGAAGCGAUCAAGAAAGGGAUAAGCUAUUGGAACGGAGUUGUGCCGGAACGUUGCAAGCAACAGUUCAAAGAAGGAGAAGAGUGGAACUGCUUCUUCGGAUACAAAAUAUACCCAACGUUAAGAAGCCCGUUGUUCGUGGUUCAGUGGCUCUUUGACGAAGCACAGCUUACGGUCGAUAACGUACAUCUCACUGGACAACCAGUUCAAGAAGGCCAGUGGAACUACAUACAGAACCUUGGGCGUGAGCUGAAGAACACGCUUAAGGACGUUCCGGCUGUUUUUGCGCCUGCAUGCUUGUCUCAUGAAGUUAUCACAAAAAGUUACUGGUUGAACCUUCAAGUGAAGGGAGUCUCCCUCCCCCGGGCACUGCACUGCUGGGACCGGAGCCUUCAAGACAGUACCCGAAACGGGAAGAGUUCCCUGAAGGGAUGUCCCGUCCACCUGACGGACAGCUGUCAGUGGCCACACUGUAACCCGACCUGCCCCACCAUCAGAGACCAGUACACAGGGCAGGAGAUGACUGUCAUACAGUUCCUGAUGCACAUGGGGUUCGAUAUACAGAAGAUGGCCCAGCAGCAGGGGCUGGAGGUUAGUAAACUUCUGGGGAUGCUAAGCAGCGCGAGCUAAGACAUCCCCACCUUGGGACUGACGAGACUUUAGACGAGGAAAAGAAGUCAAAGCCCACACUGAGCAGAAGCAGGCAGGCUUUAUCUUUUGGAACCUCACAACCUCUCACAACAAAAACCUGCAAGGACACAAUUUAAAAUUCAAAAAUGGUGGAAAGCACUGGAUUGUUUAAUUAAAGGAGAAAGAAGGUCGAGCAGCCUUUCGAAAUAAAUACUGGUUGUCAUGAUGGAUUGGACAGCAGAACACAAAGAAGAUGCAAUGCAGAUAAACCUACUCCUUUCCCCAUCCGUUAACAGUGUAGAACCGGGACAGCAGGAUUCAGGUCAAAAGUGCCACAAACUAUAAUGCUGUGUAUUUUUUAACAAACUAAAACCCAUGCUGAGUUGGUAAUUUUACAUAUUUAUUUUAUUAUGUAAAUCAUAUUUAUAAGUGUUAAGCAGGCAGAGAGCUAGAUAUGUUUCUUUAUAAAUUGUAAAUACUGUCU